UUUUGUUUGUUGAAGUUGGUCAGGGAGAGGUGUUUACCCCAGAAGAGUGUUAUGGGGAUUUCUAAGUUUGAUAGUUUUUUCUCUUAGGUAAAUAAGGUUUCGCCGAGCCGAGAGCAAGGUUACAUAUUGCUGAUGUAACAAGAACCAAUUAACCAAACAUUAAAGGUUAUGAGUUAUUAAUUAUUGUAAACUCAAGAAUUCAAGCGUCGCCAUGCCGCUCAACACGAGGGAGCUGCUGAACGCUGCGUCGGUCCUUGCGGAGAGCAGGAACAUGAGGGUGACGGUGAAGGAGAGCUUCAAGGGGGGCUGCGUGGCAGGGGCCAGCACCAUGGUGGGAGGACUCCUGCUGGGUCCGGCGGGCAUGCUCAUCGGGGGCAUCGUGGGGGCAUGCUCGGCGGCGGCCAUGGGCCGCGGCAAGUUCCGGCCGGUGGCGGACGUGCUGCUCCACGACAUGACGGCGUCGCAGCAGGAGCGGCUGGCGCAGUCGCUCAGGAGCGUGCUGGCGGACGUGCGGGUGGAGGACGCGGCCCUGCUGCUGCCCCUGCUCAUGAACAACGCAAACCUGCAGACGCUCGUCGUGAGGGAGCUGGUGGGGUUCCUGCAGGGCGAGAUGGGGCUGCACAUCAUGUCCUAGCGCGUCGCUCGCACGUCGGCGGCGGUGAACUACCUCGCCUCCGACACCUGCACGAAGUGGCCACCUUUGUUCGUACGUGCUUGGUCAUUCACGCACAAAACUUUAUAACGUGCUCUCUAUCAACAUGAGGCAUCAUUUAAAAAAUAAAAUAGAAAAUAUACAUAUAAUUUGUAAGUAUGCACAAGCCCAUUUUUCAUGUCAAUGUAAUAACAAGUUGAAAAGGAUUUAAAAAAAAAAAAACUAAUAACUCCUACCUGCGUAGCUCAUAACUCGUUCGGUUAACUCUCAUUGAGAAUAUUAGUACAACCACUCUCUUUAAUCCGGCGUUCUUCUGUUCCCAAACUUCUGUGAUCCGACACGUAUUGAGCUGCUCACGUUUCAAUUUUUUUUUUUUUUUUUCGUGUGGACUUGGAGUUUGUCGGCCUUGAUCGCCAGGUCACGCCACAUUUUCGCUGUUGGUUUUAAUUUCUGUUUGUAUUUCCUGUUUGAAUAUCACCACGUCUCUUUGGUGUUCCCGCUUGAACUGUAUUGACGUUCCCUAAUCUAGCACGCCAUGCUCCCGAGUGUGGCUGAGUGGAGCCUUCGCUGUGACUGCUUACUGUAAAAUAAUACCUUCAUGAACAUCAAGAAUCCAACAAAUAUUAGUUAAUUUAAGAGCAAAGAGAUUUUAAUUAGGCUGAUUUUUUUAACAUGAAUAUUUAUUUUAUUCAAAUUAUAUUUAAUGUGAUGUUUGAUGCAUCUGAUGUGAUGAUUGGGCUGUCUUUAAUUUCCUCAACUUAUUUGUCAACCACUGCAUAUCAAUCAUAUCAGCCAUAUGUAAGUGCCGACAGCUUUAGAAUGAUGGUGCUACAAUUAUAGCCAGUUUAUUGUGGUUGAGCUUAGCCAUGUAUCUUUUACUGGGGUUGUAAAUAGUGUGUAGUAAAAAAUUGUUUUAAGAAAUGGUCUGUCUAUUAUUUCUAACAGGCUUUUUUUAUUUUUUAACAGUAAUGUGGACUUUCAUUUACAGUACCUAGUUGAAUUUGGCGAAAAUGUGCUAAGAAAGAAUAAAACUGAUAAGAUUUGUGUGUUAAGUUAUAAUAUUUUAUGUCUUUUGUUUCUUAAAUCUUUUGUUUAACAAGUCUGUGGCAGUAUCUAAGUUAUAGCUAACAAAAUUUUUUUUUCCCCAUGUGGUCCCUAAAAUGUUUGUUCCCUCUUAUCGUGGUCUAAACGUGCACUAGUUGCGACAAUGUGAAAACCCAGAAGCAGACUUUGUACGCCUGAUGCAGUCAGAGCUGCCGACAGCAGAGACGUUGCCUAGCCGGUGAUACGUCUGGUCGAGACGCAUCAUCCAGAACCCACAGUGAGCUUCAAGGCAGCUAGCAUUGGGCAUUUACACAUGUACCGUAGUUUGUUUUGAAUCAGCCGAACACUGUUUGGAUACGCUUUUUCUUCUGAUUUAAUAUAAUUUCUUGGAGAUAUGCAAUUGCAAUUUUUUUUGUACUUUUUGUCAUUGCAAAUUAAAAAAAUAAAAAUUAAACAUUAACUCACAGACAACAAUCCUAAAUGUGCUAUGUCAAACAGAUAAGCCCAACAAUGAACCGAAACAGGUAUUAAUAUAGACUGGAAAAAUUCGCGAGUUCAAUGACCUCCAGGAUAGACUCCACGAUGCUCUGCCUACUUCAGCAAACGGCACCUGUUCAUUGGGUGCUGAAUUUUGAGGCGUCUCAAGUGGGUAACUUGUGGUUGGAUACUUCUUUGAUUGAUGGUCUCUAAUUGGCCAAGAGUCCUACAUAUUAACAGCGAACCAAUAGCAGAAGCAGCGCAACUGUAUAAUUAUUUAAAUUUUAGCAUAUCAUGAAAUGAACCCGCAAAUUUUUCCUGUGUCUAGGUAUUAAGGACAACACCACAGCAGCGUAGAUGAACACAUUCUAACUUAAACAUCAGACAGCACAAGAAUUCCAUGGAAGGAUUUUAGUCCGUAUGUUUGCUGCAUUUACUGUCAUUGUUAAAAUUGUCUUGUUGUUAGCCCACUGCGUUUUGUGUCUGUGCUGGUAUUGUGUUUUCAUAAAUGGUUCACUUUUUUUUGUGUAAUAGGGUUAGUUGUGUAACAAUUUCAUUUUUGUUAGUAAAAAUUUUGUACGUCAUAAUGACGGAAAAACUUGUACAAAGUGAGGGGGUUAUUUUUGGUUUAUAUUUAUAAUAUUAAAUGCUUGUGAGAACGUUUAUUAACGAACUUUAAGGGUUGGCCUACUCUUUGCAUAGUGUAGAUAGUUAAUGUGAAAUUAUUUGUAUAAGCUGUUACCAAUAUUACUGUUGAGCCAAAGCAGUGUGAACUAUUAUUUUUAAUAAAAGUUUUCACAUUUUA